AUGUCGUUGUCGAAUACUUCAAUAGCAGUGUUGAGGCAGCAAAUGGAUGAUAGUAAUCAUGAGUUGGUUAAUAUGUUAACUAAUCAAAUGGGUACAGUUUUUAAUCCUGUGAUACAUGAAUCUACUGAAACAAAUAGGCAGGUGGCUAAUCAAUUGACACGCUUGUGUAACUUCCUGGGGGCACCGGCUCGGCAGAUGGCACAAGUGGUUAGGCAAACCAUUCUUGUUCAAGUAGAGAUACGGGUAACAAAAGAUGAGACAGUCCAUGAGGGACAAAUCCUUAGACCCCAACAAAAUCAGGGCGUUGAGUCAGGAGUAGCAGGACGUAACCAAAUGAUGUUAGUUAACCGACAUCAGGAUGCUGAUCAAAUUAUCGAUAAACAUCGGCAAGAAGACUUGGCAGUGGAAAAUAAUUUGACAACUAUUGUCGAAAGAAUUAUGGCUAGGAAUGGUAUGAGUGCCACAUUGCAAAGGCCACUAUAUGCUUCCCCAUUGGCUGAAUUUAUUCUCCAAACCGAGGCACCUAGAGGAAUGAAGGUGCCUAAAUACACUAAGUUUGGGGGAGAAUCUGAUGUAGCAAAUUCCAUUAUAUGA